GGAUGUUUCAGUCCGGGUGCUAAAUUUGUUUUCGUGUUUCCUCCUCAGUGGCUAGCAGGAACCGGUGGAUAAAGUGAAUAGUCAUGAUUCUCGAACUGUAAUUACAAUGGGGUCUCAUGAAAAAAUAUUAGCCUGAGAUGUUGAGAUGGAGCAGGACAAUGCAGGGAGCGGGAACUCUGAGGAUGUGCGGAGCAGCGAGACUUCCCCUGUGACCUGCGCGGCAGACACCAACCCUCUCCCCUGCGCUGCAGACACCAACCCUCUCCCCUGCGCUGCAGACACCAACCCUCUCCCUUGCGCUGCAGACACCAACCCUCUCCCCUCUGAAGCUCAACCAAGCACCAGCUGUGAAGAGCAAGAGCUCAGCGACGCUCCUUUGUUAGAAAACCACAUCCAGUCAGAGGAGACUGAGUCACACCCGGAUGGGCAUGUGGAGGCGGGUUGCCCUGGCGUCUCCACGGUAACGGACGGCUCUGCCAGGAGCCAGGAUGAGCUGUCGGAGCAGGACUCCGCUCCCGAUGCAGUGAGCGGCGAGAACGACCGUCCGCCCAACGCUGGCGGCGAGGGCCCUGCGCACGUGCCCCCUGUGCUGCUCUCGGACUCGGCGUCUGGCGUGGACGGGCGGGAAGACUCGGGCGAGUUCGUGGAGGCCAUGCUGGCGCGCAGCAAGCUGGAGGAGCAGGGGCUGGGCACCAAGGGGGGCACGCCACCACUGGCCGAGACGGGCUCGCCACUUCCCCCGGGGUCACACCGCGAUGAGGACGUGACGGCCGACGCCUGGCGCGCACACAGGAAGCACGUGUUUGUGCUGAGCGAGGCGGGGAAGCCCAUCUACUCGCGCUACGGCAGCGAGGAGGCCCUCUCCUCCACCAUGGGCGUCAUGAUGGCGCUCGUCUCCUUCGUCCAGAGCGGCGACAACACCAUCCGCUCCGUCUACUCAGGUAACCGCUCCUGAGAGAGCGCUAACUGCACUCUGUCUACUCAGGUAACCACUCCUGAGAGAGCGCUAAUGGUCUACUCAGGUAACCACUCCUGUUAGAGAGCUAACUGCACUCUGUCUACUCAGGUAACCACUCCUGAGAGAGCGCUAAUGGUCUACUCAGGUAACCACUCCUGUUAGAGAGCUAACUGCACUCCGUCUACUCAGGUAACCACUCCUGAGAGAGCGCUAAUGGUCUACUCAGGUAACCACUCCUGUUAGAGAGCUAACUGCACUCUGUCUACUCAGGUAACCACUCCUGAGAGAGCGCUAAUGGUCUACUCAGGUAACCACUCCUGUUAGAGAGCUAACUGCACUCCGUCUACUCAGGUAACCACUCCUGAGAGAGCGCUAAUGGUCUACUCAGGUAACCACUCCUGUUAGAGAGCUAACUGCACUCUGUCUACUCAGGUAACCACUCCUGAGAGAGCGCUAAUGGUCUACUCAGGUAACCACUCCUGUUAGAGAGCUAACUGCACUCUGUCUACUCAGGUAACCACUCCUGAGAGAGCGCUAAUGGUCUACUCAGGUAACCACUCCUGUUAGAGAGCUAACUGCACUCUGUCUACUCAGGUAACCACUCCUGUUAGAGAGCUAACUGCACUCCGUCUACUCAGGUAACCACUCCUGUUAGAGAGCUAACUGCACUCCGUCUACUCAGGUAACCACUCCUGAGAGAGCGCUAAUGGUCUACUCAGGUAACCACUCCUGUUAGAGAGCUAACUGCACUCCGUCUACUCAGGUAACCACUCCUGAGAGAGCGCUAAUGGUCUACUCAGGUAACCACUCCUGUUAGAGAGCUAACUGCACUCCGUCUACUCAGGUAACCACUCCAGAGAGAGAGGCUAACGGUCUACUCGUGUAACCACUUCUGUUAGAGAGCUAACUGCACUCUGUCUACUCAGGUAACCACUCCGUCUACUCAGGUAACCACUCCUGAGAGAGCGCUAACGGUCUACUUAGGUAACCACUCCAGAGAGAGCGCUAACCGUCUGUUAAAGGAGAAAUCCGGCCGAUUUUUACAUGGAUCUUGAUCGCUAGACGUCGCUGAGAACUGUCGAUAGGAAAAACGACCAAAAUCGGUGCUGCUGAACUGGAGUAGCUGCAGCUAAUUGCCAGUGCUCCCAGUAAGCUACAAUGCUAGGUCUGGGUACAACUUCUUCAGAUUUGAUGAGUUGAAAACACAUUGGUUUGUCAUUUUCAUGUUGCACAGAACUUUUAAUGACAUUUUGAGUCUGUUAAGAGGAAAAAAAAGUCACCUCCAGUUCGGUAGCAGCUGUUAGCAGCAGCUACUCCAGUUCGGUAGCAGUGGUUAGCUGCAGCUACUUCAGUUCGGUAGCAGCGGUUAGCUGCAGCUACUUCAGUUCGGUAGCAGCGGCUACUUCAGUUUGGUAGCAGCGGUUAGCUGCAGCUACUUCAGUUCGGUAGCAGCGGUUAGCUGCAGCUACUUCAGUUCGGUAGCAGCAGCUACUUCAGUUCGGUAGCAGCGGUUAGCUGCAGCUACUUCAGUUUGGUAGCAGCGGUUAGCUGCAGCUACUUUAGUUCGGUAGCAGCGGUUAGCUGCAGCUACUUCAGUUCGGUAGCAGCGGUUAGCUGCAGCUACUCCAGCAGCGUUUUUGGUAAUUUUUCUCCCUAUCGACAGUACUCGGC